UUCAGUUGUAUUGGGCAUCAUUCUCACGACGCACCUCUUAUCACCGGAUUGCAAUCGGCUACACGUGCGUGCACGUGUGCUUAUACGUGCGUGUGUGGGCGGUUACACGCGUGCUUGCUUGUGUACAUUUAGUCAGGUGCAUUAUUGCGUUCGCCAGUCGAAUCACGGAUACUCGCGACGUUCUUGUCGCUCAGUCAUUAUUCGAGACGUGUACGUAGCAUGAGAAAUGUCGAAAGAAGUCGAAAAAGAUUUCUCGACAAACCCGGAGAGCGAGCAGUUAUUAUCCGUCGAGGCAUGCGACAAUUCACCUGACACAUGUGUGAGAGUUCAACCAGACGAGCGGUUGUCCAUGAACGAGUUAUGUAUUCAAGACGUUUCGUCAUCAAGACCAUCGCUUCAGGACAAAUCCGCGAUAUUAAAUCUUAACACACAUAUAGGCGAAAGUUCGAGCGGUUCGAUAACGGUGGUAACAUCAUCCUUGAUUACCGCAAAUGGGAACGAAAGUAAUGAUGAUCCGCCACCUUAUGCCGCAAUCACGCCAUCAAAUCAUAUCGGUUGGCCGUACGGACUUUUUCCAUUCAACAAUUCGCAUUUUACGGACGGGACUCAUAGGAUGGAAAUACCGUUAACGCCUUUCCAAACUCGUCUGACACCGGUCACGGAUUUCCAUCCUGAAGGGAUUAAUGAUCGAUACGAGUCGUAUCCGAUGUCCUUAACGACGCCUUACCAGUUCCUCAAGUUCGGUUACUAUAGGAAUUCUUUGUGGAGGGAAACGGUGGACAUUGCAGCGGACGACGAAAUAACGGAUAAAUUCUACGAUAAAAAACCACGAACAUGUGGCGUUAUUCUCGUGGCAGCAGCGGUCAUCAUUUUCCUCAUGGCCCUGUCCUUGAUAGUUCGCUUUGUCAUGGAAAAAAGCUGGGGGCAAAGAUAGAUCAUCGUUAAAGUUGGCCGUUAUUUGGGAAACGUUCACAGAUAUUCUAAUUUACGAGGAAUUAUUAAUUAACGAAUUUGUUAUUAGACUUUAUUAAUCUAACAUAAUUUACUUUAACAGGAUAUAUCUUCUGAGAUAUCGUGCUGGUUAUCUUGAAGAAAUUUGUUCUAUUUCUUUUUUUAUACUUUUUUCACCUAAAUCUAUUAUUAGCUUAAACAAAAAGUGCAUAAAAACUUAUUACAGCAUUGUUGA